AUGUCAGAAUCCCCCGGAGUGGAUGCAGGUACCUAUGGUGUCGUAUACAGAGCCCGCGAUCUCGACAACUAUGGCCGCAUAGUCGCACUGAAGAAGAUACGUCUCGAAGCCGAAGACGAGGGCGUACCCAGCACAGCCAUCCGCGAGAUUUCGUUACUUAGGGAGAUGAAGCACCCUAAUAUUAUGAGACUAUUAAAUACUGUGCACGCCGACGGCCACAAGCUCUAUCUCUUGUGCGAGUUCCUCGAUCACGACCUCAAGAACGAUGGCGGUCUCGGGAAGCCCCUGCCCGAGGACUGUUCGGUGCACCUGGGCCUUGGCGACGUCGUCAUCAAGAAAUUCAUGUUGCAGCUGUGCCAGGGCGUCCAUUACUACCACUCUUACCGUGUGCUACAUCGUGACCUCAAGCCCCAGAACCUGCUCAUUGACAAAGAUGGCAACCUCAAGCUCGCCGACUUUGGCCUUGCCCGCGCCUUUGGCGUCCUCCUGCGCACCUACACCCACGAGGUCGUAACGCUAUGGUAUUGCGCGCCCGAAUAUCUGCACGGUGACAGGCAGUACUCGACUGGCGUCGACAUGUGGUCAGUGGGCUGUAUCUUUGCCGAGCUGUGCACAGGUAAGCCCUUAUUUCCUGGUGACCCAGAGAUAGACGAGAUCCUCAAGAUAUUCCGUUUUCCCAAGUGGAGAAGAUAUCGUUCUGCUGUGCUUUGCCAUAAUUUUGAUGACACGGCCAAGACUGCCGUCAACCACCCCUAUUUCGAAGGCUCACCCAAGGAGACGCCGGCCACAGCUGAUACAUUUAGAUACGUGUAG